AUGGAGGCGGGGGAGUUGGAGGCCGAGAAGCACGCCCGCUACAUUCUCUCAGUGGAGAAGGUUGGUUUUCCUCGAAGAUCGCUGUUCUCAGUGCACGAUUGGCGUAGAGUUGAGGAUAUCAAGAGCGUAUUCUUGUUCCUCUUCUCCUUAUCUUCUUCUUUUUGGGUUUCUCUUAAUCCCGCAUCGCUUAAUCGCGGAUCACGGCAUACAGAGGAAGGAUGAUCUGGAGUCGAUAGUGAUCGAGCACCUGCGGAUGAACGGGGCUUAUUGGGGCCUCACCACCCUCGAUCUCCUCCACCAGCUCGGCGCCCUCGACCGCAACGAAGUCGUCUCUUGGGUCUUGAAGUGUCAACACGAGUCUGGUUCAUACCAUUAACACCCCUUUCGCUCAGCGUAUCUAAUCGUGGUCGAAGCUUUCUGUAACCUCACCUUCUUUCUUUUGCUGGAGAAGGGCAAUUGUAACGCCGAAAUUGUGAAAUACAAGCCUGAUCUCUCUUCACAUGUUCUUGUAUUCUCCGUCUGUCUUCAGGUGGCUUCGGUGGGAAUGUGGGUCACGAUGCUCAUAUACUGUACACCCUCAGUGCCGUGCAGGUGCUGGCGCUGUUGGACAAUCUAGACGUUCUAGAUGCGGACAAGGUUUCGAAUUGUAUCCUCAAAUAUCGUAAGAUCGAACAUAUAACUAAUCUUUAUAUGUAUUUUUUUCCAUCCGCAUCCUCCAGAGUGUUUGAGACGGCCAUAUUAUUUGUCUCGUUCUUAUGGCUUGUGUGAAUGUUUUGAGAUUGAUUCUCUUGGGUGAGAAAAUCACUUGUCCAGGAUCAGUUCUUCAAUACAGUUUCACCUAUAGCAAAUUUGAAAUAGCUAAGGAGAUCAUGAAACCCCUUCUUUUGAUGUAUCCAUGGAGUUGAAUUGCCUUGAAAUGUUGUUUUUUUCGAGUAGUUGGUACUUGGAAUCAAAGAUUCUGGAUCUAUCCAUCGGUUUAUCUCAUUUUCUGUGACUGUUCUGGCCAGGCAUUCCUUGCACCUAUUAUCAGAACCUCGGUUCUGCAACUCAGCUACACUUUCCAGUGUAUUAAGUUUGUGAAAUAUGCUGAAAUAAUGCUAUGCUCUUGAGAUGAACGGUAAACUAAAUAUUAGCCGGGGAAAGUGAGACUGGGUCUUUCCACAAAUUUUGCUCAUUGUUUCUUCAUUUAGCAAAUAAUUAUCACGAGUUAUUGGAUGGGUUUUGAUAAGAGACUGGGUGCUGGGGGGAGGCUUUUGGUGGGCCUAAUGCCCAAUUUAUUAGAUUAAAUCAUCUUUGGGUCAGCGUUUCUACGCCCUCAGUUUCUCCUUCCAUCACCCUCUAUGCCUAUCUAAAAAUAACCCAUCUCUAUUGCUACUAACUUCAUUUGCUGGGGGCGGAAGUCGUAUAUCAAGGAGAAGGUUAGAUUUUAUUCAGUCUUGUUGAAGAAGGACGUUGCUGCUCGAACAGUAGUAUGUGAAUUCCAUGAAAGAUGUGGAAGAACCAAUGGAUGGUCCAUCUACCAUCAAGGAGAUCAUGGUUUGCUGCUUUAGGUAAUUGGGUGAUUUGAAACCCUUGAGAUGUCAAUCUUGCAGAAUGAUGCCUAGAGACCAGAUCAAAAGAUUUCCCUGAAGCAACAGACUUGCGUUUCUAGUACUGUGAGAUAAUGCUAUUCAUUGAACAUCUUCUGACUAGCAGUUUUCGACCAUAGGGCAUCUUUCGUUGUAGGCUUUUUACUGCAAAGAUUAGCUUUGAAUCAUAUCCUCAUUAAAGAUAUUUGCUUAUCUCAUUAUGUCUUUCCACCCUUUUUAUUGAUGUUCUAUGUGAAGGGCUUUCCGUUUAGUGGCUUAAGUGCAUGCGCGCCUUAUAAAUGCUGUAUGCCAGGUUCUGACCAGUGAAGUAAUUCAGGGUCGCUUUUCUACUGCGCUUUCUUGACUUGAUGAGCAUGGUUCUUAGUAUCAUGUUCUUGGCUCAAAAGCCCCUCCCGCAGUUUUGUUUUUUGGUUUCACUUAAAUUCUCAUAGAUGUUACGGGGCUUCAAAAUGAAGAUGGAUCCUUCUCAGGUGAUGAAUGGGGUGAAAUCGACACCAGGUUCUUGACACCGUUUUUUUUCCUAUUAUGUUAACGUGUAUAUUUAUUUAAUUAAAUGUUUUACGUUUAAUGUUUUAUUAAUUGUAGGUUCUCUUACUGUGCAAUUUGUUGCCUCUCACUGCUGCACCGCAUGGAUAAGAUCAAUGUUGCCAAGGCUGUAAGCUAUGUUGUAAGCUGCAAGAAUCUGGAUGGAGGUUUUGGGUGCGUUCCCGGGGCGGAGUCUCAUGCAGGCCAAAGUAUGUCUUCCUCCGCUAAGAAUCAUCAUGCAUAACAAUAAAUAAACUUCUGAUUUAUAUGAUAGAUAUGGCGGAGGCAAUCUAUUAAAGAAAACCCAGAAGGUCGGGAAGAAAGUUUGAAUCAGGGGCUCCACCUCAUAUCUUCUAGUUAUUUCAAAAGACGUGCAUUGGGGUGCCAUUUCUCGAUUGUUAUAUUUUUCAGCCUUCACCAUUGUUGUUUCUUUUUGUAUUUAUGAAAAUAAUUACCCUUUAUAAUACUUUGUUAAAUUAUUUUUGCUUAAAACCGGCGUUUGUUUCAUGUUUUUCCAAAGAAAAUUUUAUUUAUGAUUUAUGAUUCUUUCAGCUCUUUUCAGCGAAUAGUAAUUGCAUUUUAAAAACAACCCAAUUAUAUUUUUUUUCAAUCAUUCGUGUGACUAGAAUUGGUGUUUAUCUGCCUGCAUUGUCCAGAAGAAAAUUCAUCAUUUUUCUGCAGUUUUCUGUUGCGUCGGCGCUCUGGCAAUAACGGGCUCCCUGCACCAUGUCGACAAGGACCUUCUUGGAUGGUGGCUGUGUGAGCGGCAGGUCAAAUCCGGAGGUCUGAAUGGGCGCCCCGAGAAGCUCCCUGAUGUAGGAGGAGGACCUCCUUCUUUCUUUACCUCAAAUAGGCUGUGCCGCAGAUCUUCUUUCUUUACCUCAUUGUUUCCCUACCUCAGGUUUGCUAUUCGUGGUGGGUUCUUUCAAGCCUGAUAAUGAUCGACCGGGUGCACUGGAUUGACAAGGACAAGCUGGCGAAGUUCAUCUUGGACUGCCAGGUCAUCACCCAGGCCGACGACAUCUCUCUCCCUCGCCCUUGAGAAAAAAGUCCACUUUUUUUAUUUAUUGAUAGUUUCUCAUCUUCCAGGACAAGGAGAAGGGUGGGAUUUCAGAUCGGCCGGACGACGCCGUCGACAUCUUCCACACCUAUUUCGGGGUCGCAGGUACAUAGCGUUGACCUCUGUUGACUCUAUGCCUGGGUCGCUGAAUCGGGAUUUUGACCGGGGUUGGUUCCUCAGGGCUCUCUCUGUUGGAGUACCCGGGAGUGAAGCCCGUUGACCCUGCCUACGCGUUGCCCGUUGAAACUGUCAACGGGAUUUUUCUGGAGAAAAGAAGGGUGGCGUCGUCGCAGUGA